AUGGAGGAGGAGGUCACAGAACCCGAUCCUCAGACGGCGGAGCCCUCCGGCAUGCCACCUCCAGGGACGCACUCGGAGGUAAACGGAGACUUGCCGGGCAACCCGUACCUGAGGGACGGGACGCUGGACGUGAUGGAGAGUCCGGCAAGGGAGCCUGAUGUGCUGCAGUAUCCUACAGAGUACAGUCACAGCCACCAGUGUGGGGAGAAGAUGCCGUUCCACCAUGUGACGGCAGGCCUGCUCUACAAGGGGAACUACCUGAGCCGCUCGCUGUCCGACAGUGACAGUGACGUGUUGGCCAGCAUCUCUGUUGAGGAGCUCGAUGAGAUCCGGGAGGCGUUUAAGGUGCUGGAUCGUGAUGGAAAUGGGUUCAUUUCCAAGCAGGAGCUGGGUAUGGCCAUGCGGUCUCUGGGGUACAUGCCCAGUGAAGUGGAGCUGGCCAUCAUCAUGCAGAGACUAGACAUGGAUGGUGACGGACAGGUUGAUUUCGAGGAGUUCAUGACGAUUCUCGGUCCAAAGCUCUUGUCCUCUGAAACGAGAGAAGGCUUCCUCGGCAGCACAAUAGAUACCAUCUUCUGGCAGUUCGACAUGCAGAGGAUCACCCUGGAGGAGCUGAAACACAUCCUGUUCUACGCCUUCCGUGACCACCUGACCAUGAAGGACAUCGAGAACAUCAUCAUCAACGAGGAAGAAAGCCUGAAGGAAAACUCCGGGAACUGUCAGACGGAGUUUGAGGGAGUUCAUCCCUCAAAGAAGAACCGCCAGACGUGCGUGAGGAAGAGCCUCAUCUGCGCCUUCGCCAUGGCGUUCAUCAUCAGCGUCAUGCUCAUCGCGGCCAAUCAGAUGCUGAGGAAUGGCAUGGAGUAG